AUGGUUAUGACGGACGGGCUGGCAUCUGCAUUGCCUUACGCACUCACCAUAGGUUUCACGGCAAUGGCAUGCCACGGCACCUGUGAUAUCCAAGAUGUCGUUUUCCAACUGAUUACCCUCACUGCAUGGGAAGUGCUCGAUAUUGCAUGGCAUGCAUGGCCUCACACUUGGGAACUCGGGACGCCUAUCAUCCUGUCCGGUGUGGUGGAGGGAAGGGCGGAAGGGCCAUCUUCUACAGGAUAUAUUAGCUUCUUUUCCAUCCCUCCCGAACCUACAAGGGUUACCGGGAGUUGUAACCUUGCAGAAAGAGAGGUGGCUGGGACUGGUUCUAAAGAUAUGCAAGGGUUUAGUCUGGAGAGUGUGCCGAACAGUGGGCCGGAGAGGGGAGUCGGGCCCAGGAACCAGAGAGCAUUGGGAGGGCACGUCGUAUUCGCAGCACCGUGUGCUUUCCUCUACCUCUAUGAACUGACGCGAGAAUAUGGAGACAAUGAUGAAUGUAUUGCUGGACGACUGCCGCGUUUACGGAGAAACCCGGCCCUGAGCGAUUUCCGAAAGGGGACUAGCGUGUCCGGUCUCGGGUGA